GUGGUUGUUGAGGAUGUGGCUGUGGACUUUACCCAGGAAGAGUGGGCUUUGCUAGAUUUUUCUCAGAGGAAACUCUACAAAGAUGUGAUGAUGGAAACCUUCAGGAACUUGGAAUCAGGUAAGAAUGGUUUUAUUUUUCUUACUUACAUCUUAAUGAAUAAAUGUAUUGUACUGAUUGACUUUCUUAGAGGAUUUGGGUUGAAGAAUAAAUUAGCAAAUAUCAAAUGCAUAUUCACUGCUGUCAUGGAGCUUAGAAUAUUAGUGGUUUCUGCAUGAAAGUAAAAAGCUAUGUAUUGAUUAUUUCAUUUGUGCCUAAAAGGCAUGAAGCUCUUUACAUGUUUUAGGUGUGAGCAUUGGCUUCAGGGGUCAGUUUGGGGUAAAGAGAGAUGUGUGGUUGGAACCUUGGUGGAGUUUUACUGUGUUUAUUACAAAUUACACUGGAUUAUUUUGCUGAAAAUAAACUCAUAUCUCUCCAUCCCUAGAACCCCUGGAGACUAAAGUAUUAACAAAACGUCAGGAAAAUGUGCUCCUCUGCCUUCCGUCAUGAUCUGCCUUUCCGCAUGAGCACCACGUCAACUACAGUAAUUUUUCUUCCUGAGAAGUAAAGGAGAGAUUUUAGGAGAGUGGAAAUAGUACUUAUACAGAAAUGUAGUAUCACGUAGCACCAGGAGGCAAAAAUUGUUUGAAGGACCAGCCCUGCUGAGACAGAACUACAUUUGAAUAAAUCAGCUCAAAAAAAAUCUCUUGGUUUGAGGAUGCUGAACUUCUAUAUAUACCUGAGCUGACUUUUUAAAUUUUUUAUUGAUCCUUUCAUGCCUUCUUCAUUUGUGGGAAAAGCCCUCUCCCAUUUCCUCUUUAAGUAUUACCUUUAUACAUGUCUAUUACUUGCAGUAGUUUUCUGUUUUACUCUCCUAGUUACACCCUACUUAUAUCACCAUCACUCUCAAUCAUCAUGGAAUUAUUUCUUAAUAAAUUUCUUAUCCCUUUGACCCUUGCCAAAGUCGUAGAACAGCCAAAUGCCUUAAAGUCUUUCUUCAUACCUGUCUUGUUCUUCAUAAAAUUUCCUUACUGUUUGUUUCAUAUUGUGAAACUCCACUUAAAAUUAUUGUGUCAGUUUUUCAGCAGGAUAAUAACAGGCAAAAGUCCAUGAAGAAUGAAUCCCGGUCCUUCAUGAUAGGAGAAAUCUGUGAAUUUCAUGACAUUGAAGAUGACAACUACCUGGAAAAGUGUGUGGCUCGAGUAUCAUUCAUAUGACAGUGAGCAGUGCUUCAGGAAUAUUUAGAUGUCAUGACGUUUCUGAGUGUGUGUGUGUAUAUAUAAAAUUAGCUCUAAAAUGGUAUAUUCACAUAAUUUUGACACACAAUAUUUCCAUAAAUGUGAAUCAUAUAUUUAGUACUUCAGACAUAUUUCAUCUGUACACAACUAUCAGAAAGUCCCUUGAUUUAGAAAGUGACAAUAAUGGUUUCACUUCUGUGAGAUAAUCCAAACUGUGCAGCAUGAAACAACUCAGAGCACAAAACACAUAUUCUGUGUAUGGUAAUUGUGAAAUGGUAUCAAAUUUAAUUCUAUCAAUUUCGUUGCCUGUUUUUAACAGCACAUAUAUGGUAGAAAGCCUCCAUGAAAAUAAAGAAGAUAAUAUAAAGAAAAACACAGAAGGAAACCUGUGUGGAAAAAUUUUUAGCUGGAUUGCAAAUCUUACUAGGCUCAAAAGAAGUUCUGCUGGAGUAAAUCCUUCUGAAUAUUUUGAGUGUGAAAAAGCCUUCAUGGAUCAUAUAUUUAAGCCUCACAUCAGAUCUCACACUGGAUACAAACCUUAUCAGUGUAAGGAAUGUGGAGUAGCCUGCUUUUUUCCCUCUUCCCUAAUACCUCAUGUGAAAACUCUUACUCAAGAGAAACUUUGUAAAUGUAAGAGUUCUGGGAAACCCUGUAGUUGUUUCUCACCUCUCACUAAACAUAUAAGAACUCAAUGUGGAAAGAGGCCUUAUGAAUGUGUGGAAUGUGGAAAAGCCUUUAGACGUUCCUAAUGCCUCACUAGACAUGUAAGAACUCAUAUUGGAGAGAGGACUUUUGAAUAUAUGGAAUGUCAGAAAGCCUUUGGUCGUUACUCACACCUCACUACACAUAUAAAAACUCACAUUGAAGAGAGGUCUUAUGAAUGUAAGGAAUGUGGGAGGUCCUUUAGUCGUUUUUCAAACCUCACUAGACAUGUAAGUUCUCACACUGGAGAGAGGCCUUAUGAAUGUAAGCAAUGUGGGAAAUCCUUUAGUUGUUUUUCAUACGUCACUAGACAUGUAAAUUCUCACACUGGAGAGAGGCCUUAUGAAUGUAAGCAAUGUGGAAAAUGCUUUAGUCGUUCGUCACACCUCACUGUAUAUUUAAGGGCUAACAGUGGAGAGAGGCCUUAUGAAUGUAAGGAAUGUGGGAAAGCCUUUAGCAGUCUUUCACACCUCGUUACACAUGUGAGAACUCACAGUGGAGAAAGGCCUUAUCAGUGUAAGCAAUGUGGGAAAGCCUUUAGUAGUUCCUCACACCUCACUACACAUACAAGGGCUCACAGUGGAGAGAGGCCUUAUGAAUGUAAGGAAUGUGGGAAAAGGUUUAAUCGUCCCUCGCACCUCACCACACAUAUAAGGGCUCACAGUGGAGAGAAGCCUUAUGAAUGUAAGGAAUGUGGGACAGGCUUUAGUCGUUCCUCAUCCCUCACUACACAUAUAAGUUUUCACAGUGGAGAGAGGCCUCAUGAAUGUAAGGAAUGUGGAAAAGCCUUUAGUAGUUCCUCACACCUCACUAGACAUAUAAGUUCUCACAAUGGAGAGAGGACUUAUUAAUGUCAGGAAUAUGAGAACAUCUUCAAAUGUCCCUAAUGCUUUGCAACACAUCUGAGUAGGAAUCCUGUAGAGAAACAAUAUGCAUGUAUCUUUUGUUGGGUAUCUUUCAUCCUUUAUCUUUUCUCAAACCUGAAAAAAGAUAUAUGGCAAAUGAAUGUGGGAAAAUUUUUCUUUUUCUUCCCUACUUUCAGUGACAUUCACACAUAUGGAAAAGUCUUCUCUAUUUAACUAAAGGAACAUGUGAGAAGUCACACAGAAAAAGCAUAUAAAAAUAAAGAACCUGGGAACAUCAUGUAAGAUAUUACAUUCUGGAUUGAUCCUGUGAAUGUAAAAGACGAUGGAGGCCUUCAGCAUCCCCCUCCCUCAGGAUGCCCAUGAGACCUCGCACAGUGGGGAAACCCUGUAACUGUAAGCAUUGAUAAAGUCUUUAAUCACAGAAUUUCCCAAUGCCUGCACAAGGAUAUUUAUAUCAGUGGAGAAAUCUUAUCAAAUGUACAAAAUUACAAAAGUUACUACUGCCUUAUCUCCAUAUUACCAAAAUUACAAAAAUUACCACGGCCUUAUCUCCAUAUGCAUUAAUCUCCAUUUUUUUCUGUGAAACACAUCAAGGUGAUAAAUAUCCCUGUAACAUCCCUUUCAAUUCUAGGACAUGAAUUUUGAUGUGUUUUUUUGCAUUUAGUUUGUUUAUAUAAAAAUUCUUACAAGAAAGUUUCAUCAACACGUGGGUAUUUUGAAGUGUGUGUUUUCUUUUCAUGAGCUAUCAAGUUUUAAUAUUUUUUAGUAGAAAGCAGCGUGUUCUUAUUGUAGAAAAUUUGAUUUUAACUGAAAUAUAUAUAAAAUAAUCACUUAGAAUAUCACCACUCUUGGUAUUUUAUUUUUAUUUUUUAGCCUUUAAUUGCUACAGAUUAAUGGUUUUAAUAUAAUCAGGACUGUACUGAAUAUUUAGUGCACUUGUGUAUAUUUUUACAUUGCAUAUCAUUUAUUCUCCCCAAUUACUAUCUUGAUCCCUGCUUUACUGAUGAGGAAACUAUAUAGAAGAUUUUAACCCAAAGUCAUCCCACACAGAAGUGCCCCUCUCUGAAGUAGUGUUGCAAGAAUCAGGGCUUGCAUAGAUUGUUGACUCAUUCUGGGAACAUAGGUGGUGGUGCACCAUAUAGAGCCCUAAAAUGACCUAGUUGUAUAUCUUCUUUCCCACACACUCAGGGUCUGUGCUCAGUCACAGAGACCUGGUUUUGAUACUUCUGACCAAGAUUGUGUGUGUCAAAACAGAAGCAGUUGUUGGGCUGUGCUGGAAUAGUGGUUCUUGCUCCACCUGGUAUGCACACCCACGUUAGGGCCUGGAUGAGUUGGGAGCCCAGCUAGGGUUCCUUAAUAGUGGAGAUAACACAAGAGGCUUUUGGGCCUGGGUGUUUAUUCAGUGCCAAUGUACCUCACGCUGAGAUGGGAGCUGCUUCACUGACUCCUCAUGUAAGGGGCCUGGGAAAUAGUUGCUGCAGAUAGCAGAAGCCUUCAAAUUAGACCUCCCCUUGACCCAGCAAUUACCCUUGUAGAGUCAUCCUAUGUAACUCCCAAGGCACCAGGAUGGUACCUAUUGAUAGUAGUGAUAGAGGGUGGAAACCAUGGAAGACAGUGUCUAACAGGAAGGAAUUUGUAAGAUAAAUGACCACACAUCAGAAUGUUGUACUGCCACUAAAGUUUUUUUUCAAAGUUUAGACAGUAAUUCACUUUUGGGAUGUGAGUUGACAUAUGCAUUACGUUUUAUAGUCAGUAGCACAGUGAAAGCUCAGAACAGCACCUGUAUUCUUCCCAGAAACCUCCCUGGUGCUGCUGCUUUUUAGUCACACCUUCCCCUGACCAUGA